CCGUUGCCCUGUGCCAGCCCUGAGGUUGUACCCUUUGGCUCCACCCCCAAAGCCUUCCCAGGGCUCCAUCCCAGCAGCUCAGAGGGGACCAUUUGGACAUGAUUGCCAAAUUAACCAGGAGGCAGAGUCGGGGCCCGCGGGGACAGGUGGACGACCCCCCGGAGCCCGUGUACGCGAACGUAGAUAGACAGCCUCAGAUCACGUCGCCGGGUGCCGCCCCAGACCCCUGCCCCGGCCCGGUGUGGGAAACACACACGGACGCGAACACUGGGCGCCCCUACUACUACAACCCGGACACAGGCGUGACCACCUGGGAUUCGCCCUUUGAGGCUGCCGAGAGCACAGCCAGCCCGGCCACCUCCCCAGCCUCGGUGGGCAGCCACGAGAGCCUCGAGACCGAGUGGAGCCAGUACUGGGAUGAGGAGAGCCGCAGGGUGUUCUUCUACAACGCGUUGACAGGCGAGACGGCCUGGGAGGACGAGUCCGAGGACCAGCCUGAGGACGAGCUGGAGAUGCAGCCGGGCCUGAGCCCUGGCAGCCCCAGGGACCAGAGGCCCCCCACCCCCGAGACGGACUACCCCGAGUUGCUCACCAGUUACCCUGAGGAGGACUAUUCCCCCGUGGGCUCCUUCAGUGAGCCCGGCCCUGCCUCUCCUCUGGCCACACCCCCAGGCUGGUCUUGCCACCUGGGCCCAGAUGGGCAGACGCUCUACAUCAACAACUUCACCCAAGAACAGUGGGUGAGGUUGGAGGACCAACAUGGGAAGCCUUACUUCUACAACCCAGAUGAUGCCUCUGUUCGGUGGGACCUGCCCCAGAUCCCUGUCCCUGCCCCUCGACGCAUCCACAGAUCCAGCCAGGACAGUGAGGCCCCAGCCCAGGCCAGCCCCCCUGAGGAGAAGGUCAAGACCCUGGAAAAAGCAGGUGUGCUCCAUCGCACCAAGACAGUGGACAAGGGAAAGCGGCUCAGGAAGAAGCACUGGAGUGCCUCCUGGACAGUGCUGGAGGGCGGUGUCCUGACAUUCUUCAAGGACUCGAAGACCUCAGCUUCAGGUGGCCUGAAGCAACCUUCCAAGCUCUCCACCCCUGAGUACACAGUGGAGUUGAAGGGGGCCUCUCUUGCCUGGGCCCCCAAAGACAAAUCCAGCAAGAAGAAUGUGCUGGAGCUGCAGAGCCGAGAUGGCUCAGAGUACCUGAUCCAGCAUGACUCGGAGGCCAUCAUCAGCACCUGGCACAAGGCCAUCGCCCAGAGCAUCCAGGAGCUGUCCACAGACCUGCCUCCUGAAGAGGAAAGCGAGAGCAGCAGCGUGGACUUCGGGUCCAGCGAGCGCCUGGGAAGCUGGCGGGAGGAUGAGGCAAGGCCCAGUGCAGCUGCGCAGGCCCCGGGGCCCGGAGGCCAGGAGGGCGACUUGAGCAAGGUCCGGUACAAGCUCCGCAAGUUCCUGCUGAGGCGGCCCACGCUGCAGUCGCUGAGGGAGAAGGGCUACAUCAGAGACCAGGUGUUCGGCUGUGCGCUGGCCGCGCUGUGCGAGCGUGAGAGGAGCCUGGUGCCUCACUUCGUGCAGCAGUGCAUCCGUACCGUCGAGGCCCGGGGGCUCGAUAUCGACGGUCUGUACCGCAUCAGUGGAAACCUGGCCACCAUCCAGAAGCUGCGCUAUAAGGUGGACCACGAUGAACGUCUGGACCUGGACGAUGGGCGCUGGGAGGACGUCCACGUUAUCACUGGGGCCUUGAAGCUCUUCUUUCGAGAGCUGCCGGAGCCCCUGUUCCCCUUCUCACACUUCCGCCAGUUCAUCGCUGCCAUCAAGCUGCAGGACCAGGCCCAGCGCUACCGCUGUGUGCGUGACCUGGUGCGCACGCUGCCCGCCCCCAACCAUGACACACUGCGGCUGCUCUUCCAGCACCUGUGCCGGGUGAUCGAGCACGGGGAACAGAACCGCAUGUCUGUGCAGAGCGUGGCCAUAGUGUUUGGGCCCACGCUGCUGCGGCCUGAGACGGAGGAAACCAGCAUGCCCAUGACCAUGGUGUUCCAGAACCAGGUGGUGGAGCUCAUCCUGCAGCAGUGCUCAGACAUCUUCCCACCACACUGACCAGGGGCCCCCACCCCGACCCCGCUGCUGGUGCUAGGAACCUGGGAGUGGGAUGGGCUACAGUGGUCCUGCAUACAAGCUGGGUGGCUGGAGGCCAUGCGGCUGGACUCUAUGUCUGAGAACCUCUGCCUCCUACUCAGUCCACAGGCCAGAGUGAGUUCUGCAUCCCUUGGUUCUGAGGGUGUGGUGACCACUUGAGAGCAGUUCACAAAAUGUGAUUUUCACCCCCCUGAUUGGUCUGUUUAGGGGUUAACUGGGUUCUGUUCUUUAUAACAGCAUCACCAACUGUGCACAUGACAGAAUGCGGGGUGGGGGGAGAGUGUUGUCUGGGACCGCCCUUGGUGGAAGGAGGAAUUUGACUGAGGGGUUUCCUGACUUCCUCAGGCCUGCAUCUGGUUGAGGCCCUCACAGACACCCUGUGGGUUCCCGGCCCUGUGCGUGGCACUGUGUCCAUCAUGAAGCAGCAAUAGACAACUUCCCUGCUGCAGAAACAGGACUGACCCCACCCAGCCUGCUGCAGGCAGCUGAACCUGCCUUUCCCCAGGCUUCCGGGCUGAAGCUCCUGCCUAAUAACUAGCUGACUGUGGACCAUUUUCACCUACUUUUGUUUGGGGUUCUGGGCCUCUGCCCUCGCUGAUCACUUGUGCUCUGUGCAAGGGGUUCUUCCGAGUUACUAAAUGUGUACCCUGCACUUGACACUUCACAUGCACCAUUUCCAUUUGCAACCCCAUUUUAUGGAUGAGGAAGCUGAAGUUUCCAGUGGCAAAGUGACUUGUUCAGGAUCUGGUGGGUGAUUUGACCCUCCUGUGAGGGUGAAAUCAGUCCUUUCAGUUACCCCCCAACCCAAGCAUGGCCUUAUGGGUAAAGCAAUGAAACUAACCUGGGAGGAUUCUGUCUGGGCCUGGGAGGUCCCUGAAGGCAAAGAGGGAAUCUGCCCCAGCUGUCUUUCUGUGAGGGACAGGGAAAUAGCACGGGCAGCAUCCCCUAGCCCCUCUCAGUUCUCUGGCUGUCAGGUAUGCCUGCCCAGUGCCGACCUUGCUAUGAAAGCUGGGAGAGGCCUGCAGGGUAGGGGGAAGGAGUGCACGACCUCAGGAAAGGAAUUGUGAACCCUGAGGUCAUCAGCCCCCACUCCCCUUCAGUUUUGGGGGUCUCAGCCCCCUGCCCCACCUACCCAUUCAUUUAUUCAAAAAUAAGAGCUAAUAUUUAUUGACAUCUGUGUCAUGCCAGGCAUUUUACUUGGAUAAUUUCAUUUGUUUCUCUCAGUUGAUAUUUAUUAUCUGCUCUUCUGUGCCAGGCACCGUGCCCUGGGACAGGGGUACCUCACACUGCCUCCCUGGUGGAGCUUAUGGUCCAGCGGGCAAGGCUAACCUAAGGCCACCCUGACGGCCAGCAGGGCUGGGGCAAGAGUACAAACAGAGGCCUCAUACUAGACAUCAAAAUGGUGUAAAGUUAUAAAUCAAGCUAACAACUGUUCAAUAAAAUGUGUUCUAUUAUCUUA